AUGGGUCAUGGUGGUAUGAGUUGUGGAAUGAAAACUGUACGUUUCAUUAUGGUACUGUUUAAUAUUAUCUUUUUUUUAAUUGGUGCUGCACUACUCGCACUUGGUAUUUAUGUUAUGGUUGAUCCAAGAUUUCAAAAACUUAAAGAAUUUUUACCAAUUAGUACAAAUCCUGGAAUUGAAAAAGGUUUAUCAUAUCUUGAAGUAAUGGCUAUUGUUAUUAUUAUUUUGGGUUCUAUUCUAUUAAUAAUUGGAUUUCUUGGAUGUUGUGGUGCAAUGAAACAAGUAAAAUUAUUUUUAAUAUGUUAUGCAAUUAUUGUUGGACUUAUUAUUAUUGUUGAAAUAGGUGUUACAAUUUAUUUUGUUGUUUUUCAAGCAAAUUUUAAAAGUCGAUUUGUACCAAAAUUACAACAAUCAUUAAAACAAACAUAUGAAGGACCACUUGUAUUAAACUCUAAUGGUCUAUCUAAACCAUCAUCUUUUUCAUUAGCUUGGGAUUUUAUUAUGUAUAAUCUUCAAUGUUGUGGUGUUGAAGGUAAAUUAGAUUUUUUUGGAACAACAAAAUGGAAUCGUACAAAUCCAUGGUGGAAUUCAUCAUUACCAGUUACUAUGAAAGAAUUUGUUUAUCCAUUAACAUGUUGUCCUAUUGGUAAUCUUCAACAAAAUUGGAAUGAUUUACCAUUAGAUCAAUUACAACAAGCUUCUAAUUGUGCUCUUAACGGAACUAAUAUUUAUGAAAUAGGUUGUUAUAAUAAAUUAGUAGAUUUACUUAAUUCUGCUAAAACUUGGGUUAUUAUCGGCGCUGUUAUUGUUCUCAUUAUUGAAUUACUUACUUUCAUUUUUACUUUGGCAUUAUGUUGUCGCCAAAAGAAAGAUACGAUAUAUUAUUCAUCAUAA